CUCUCGUAGAUCAAGCGCCAUUUUCUCUUUCUGGCGGUUGAUGCGGCGCGGGCGGCGCGCGGGCGGUGGGCGCUGAGGAGGUGGGCGCAGGGCGAGGCGCGCGCGGAGCCCCGGCCAUGCCGUCACCCCCCCGGGGCGCGCACUGAGCGCGGCGGCGGCGCCAGGCCGGGAGGCGGGGCCGCGGGAGCGGUGGCACCGGGCAGCGCCGGCGGCAGCGCCGGGGGCAGAGCCGCAGCCGUGAGCGGUGGGUGGCGGCGGUGCGGGAUCGCGGCGGACGGCGGCGACGGCCGCAGGAGGAGGAGGAGCGGGAGCGAGAGCCAGGAGGAGGAGCAGCAGCGGCGGGGGCUCCCCCUGCAGCCUGGCCGGGUUCCUGUGGUACACCUACCCCGAUGGUAUCAGAAUGUCUUCUGGACUUGGUGAUAAAAAACAUUAGAAAACAAGACUAGCAUCUGUCAAAUGGGGUUCCCUCUCCAUUUCUCUCUACACACCUUUCCUUUCAGGGGAGAAGAAGCGAAGAAUAGUAUGAAAAGUGCAAAAUGUUUCAAAUUCCUGUUCAAAACCUUGAUAAUGUAAGGAAGGCUCGAAAAAAGGUGAAGGACAUUCUUGUGGAUCUUGGGCUUGACAGCUGCAGGGAAUUAUUGAAGAAUCUUAAAAGUUUUGAUGCAGGUGAAAACUACUUCUGUAACACUUCAUGGAGUGAUGUCUCUCCUUGGGAGCCUGUGGGCAAAAGGAAGAGAUACAGAACAAAGCCGUACUGCUGUGGCUUAUGCAAGUUCUCAUCCAAGUUGCUUACUUCUUUCAAGAAUCACUUGCAUCGUUACCAUGAGGAUGAAAUGGACCAAGAGAUGGUGGUUUCUUGCCCAAAAUGUGCAUUUUCUUCUCGGCCCAGAGUAGUGGGAGAACACAUCUGGAUGUUUCAUUCAUUUAAUAAACGAAUACAGAACUAUACAGUCAGCAUUUUGGAUGGCAUGAAACAGUUUAGGAGUGACAUCAUAAACUUCACGUGUCUAAAAUGUCAAUUCACAGACACCUUGUAUUACAAUAUGAAGAAACAUGUGCUGAUGAACCAUUUUGAAAACUUACUAAGUGCAUAUUUUGGCGAGAAAUGUGAUGAAAGUACACCGAAUUCAGUUGAGUUCUACUGUAAAAAAUGUAAUGCUCCUGCGAACAGCCCAGAUUCUUUAAUGUACCAUGUCUUGACAGCUGAAACACACAGAGACCUGGAGAACAAACUUCGAUCUCUGAUUUCGGAACGCAUUAAGAAACCUGGACUUGUGAAACAAAUGCAUAUUGCUCCAAAGCCUAUCCCAGGUGUAGCAGCAGCUGCCCCAUCUGCAGGGCCUCUUGUUGUCCCAGCAGGUUCUGUGACAGCUCCAGCUUGCAUCCAGGUUGCAUUUCCACAGAAUAAUCAAAACCAGAGCAUGGUGCACACACAAGCAGUUCAGAACACAGUUGGACCAGUGACUGUCCCAAGUGCCUCUGGCAGCCUCCCAAAUACCACCUGUGCUCCUGCUGCUCCAUCCUCGCAGGUCGCUCUUGUGCCCAGCAAUCCUCCCGUGGCUCAGAACAACCUUGGUAUUCAACCUUCACCUUCACAGGCUGUCCUUGUUUCUCAUGGGUUCCGUCUUAAUCAUUCUGUUGGGAACAUAAAUAGAGCUGUGGCCCCUGCGGUUCUUCCUCUUAAUCAACCUGUCAGGCCUGGGCUCUUUCCUGUUAAUCAAACAAUCGGGACUAUAAACAAUCUGGUUCCAGCUGGAACGCUCCCUGCUACUCAACCUGUCGGCCCUGUGAAUCAACCAGUUGCACCAGGAGUCCUCCCUGUGAAUCAGCCAGUUACUCCAGGAAUUCUGUCUGUUAGCCAGUCACUUGGGAACAUGAACAGACCUGUGGAUCCCAGGGUCCUUCCUGUGACGCAGACAGUUGGGUCGGGUCUUCUCCAGCUUAACCAGCCUCUUGCCCCUGGGGUGGUUCCUGUCAGACAGCCUGUUGGACCUGGGUUCCUUCAGCUUAAUCAACCUGUUGCCCCAGCACUUAUCCCAGUAAAUCAGCCAGUUCAGCCUCCGGUUUCUCAAAGCACAGCUUUUUUGACUGCGGGCUCUAUACUGAGGCAGUUGAUCCCCACUGGCAAGCAGGUUAAUGGGAUACCUACUUUCACGCUGGCCCCCGUCUCUGUUACUUUGCCUGUACCUCCCGGUGGUGGAGUAGCAACUGUGACACCUCCGCAGGUGCCUAUCCAGCUCGUGCAGACGGGGUCAGUGGCUCAGCUGUCCCAGUCGCCAGCCAAUGCUCCUUCUCCUCCUGUAGUUCUGACCUCUGACAAUGUAUCCUUGCAGGCCUCCCCACCUGCUCCUGAAACAAGCCAAGCUGUCAGACAGGCCAAACAGUGGAAGACCUGCCCUGUUUGCAAUGAGCUUUUCCCCUCAAAUGUCUACGAGGUGCACAUGGAGGUGGCCCACAAACCACUUGAAGUAAAAGUGGAAGCCCCAGAACCUCACAAACUUGCAGCUUGCGCAUCCUUUCUGAGGAUGACAGAAAAGGCAAUCCGGUGUUACGCUUGUAAGUGUUUUCUCUGUGAGGAGGAGCUCAUGAAGCAUAUCUUCAUGCAUGGCUUAUCUUGCUUGUUUUGCACAGGUACUUUCUAUGACUUAAAAAGCCUCGUGGAGCACAACAAAACUGCACACAAUGGGAGAAAGGAGUUGCAUGCGAGUUACAGCAACAGAGGAAUUCAGCUAGGUAACGAUGCUCAGGGUGGCCUUGUGUUCCCACACUUUGAUUUCAACACAGUGCUACCAGAUGAAGACAUGGGUGAAAGAGAAGUACAUUUGGCAGUGCUUGUUGGAAUAUAUUCAACAGUUCUUGUCCCUGUUUACAUCAAAGUGAAACCUCAGACAGCACAAGUGAACAGGAGAUGCACCAGAAAAAUGUUCACCUGUCCCUUUUGCUUAGGUACGUUUGCUGGUAGAGAAACCUAUGAAAAGCAUUUGAAAGAGAGGCAUCAUAUAAUGCCGACUGUGCAUACGAUUUUAAAGUCUCCUGCUUUCAAGUGCAUCCACUGUUGUGGUGUGUACACUGGAAAUAUGACUCUGACAGCUAUUGCUGUACAUUUGCUCCGUUGUAGAAGUGCUCCCAAAGACACCAACUCGAGCCUGAAGAUGCAGCUUGAGCGCACUGAGAGGAAAGAGCUGCUGUUUGUGAAUGGUGAGAAGCAUCUUUCUGUGGUACUGAAAAGAAAGCAAUCAGAUUCCUGCUUUGUUGCAGAAGACCAAAGGAAUAAGGAACAGCAGCCUCUGAGCUUAAGUACUGGCAUAGCUCUGUCUGCAGAGAAUGAAGUAAAUUCAGGGGUAGUGCCUUUUAAACGACAAAAGAUUAGGACUGAGUUAAGAAAACUUCCUUCUAGUGAGGAUCUCCGCUUUCUAGCAGUAGAUCCUAAUCAGUAUGAUCACAAUUCAUAUGAGGCACAGAAACAGUUUUUGUCAGACUACUUUCACAAGAGGCCAUAUCCUUCUAAAAAAGAGGUGGAAUUACUUUCCUUGCUGCUAUAUGCAUGGAAAAUUGAUGUUGCAUCGUUCUUUGGAAAAAUGAGAAAUACAUGCUUAAAGGCAAUAAAACAUCACAAACCAUCUGUGCUGCUGGGUUUCAGUAUGUCUGAACUAAAAGACAUUAAGCACAGUUUGAAUUUAAAAGAUGGACCAUUGGAUAUGUAACUCAGCUUUUUAUAGUAGCUAAAAGCAAUCCAUAAUUGCAUACUUACAAUUUAGCAGUUUAUUAUAUUGUUUGUUUUAACUUGCAGACUGGCCUGUUGAAGGGUGCAGUAAUACAAAAAGUAUCGUUCACUUCUGACUGUUAUUGUGAAAGGCACACGUAGUUGUGUAUUUUAAAAGCUAAAACCUUCAGACUUAAACAUCUGGAAUUUGUUUUAGCUUUUUCCCUUUCCUGGGGGUAGUGUUGUGGGGAUUUUUUUUUGUUAUUUUUUUUUCCUGUUUGGUUUUGAGGGGUGUUUUUGUUUGUUUUUUGUUUCUUUUUUGUUUUGUUUUGGUUUUUUGUUUCUUUUUUGUUUUGGUUUGGUUUUUUGUUCUGUUUGUUUGUUUUGUUUUGUGGGGGUUUUUGGGGGGGCAGUUUGUUUUAUUUUGUUCCACUUCCAUUUCUUUUUCUUCCCCUUCAGGCUCCUAUUACAUUUUUUAUACUGUCAUGUAAAACCCUCAUCCUUGUUAAAACCAAAUUUUAUUUUAUUUUAUUUUUAUGCAGUGUCGUCUUUUCUAAGUAAUAAAAUGUGUAAUGUGGGUUAAAAUAACAAGGUAAACUAUGUGAAAAAGAUUAAUUUGACUAUUUGUAUUUUUAAGUCCUGAUAUUUUUGACCUGUUUCUGGUUUAUCUACUGAAGCAGUGAUUGCGGCCAUUACAUCCAUUACCCUUUCAAAUUCCCAGCGUGCUGGUAGCUGUGAAAUACAUGGCAUUGUGAUUUUUUUCCUCGGUCAGAAUACCUGUGCCAGUUAAAUCUGGUGAUCUGGUUCCUGCUGAGUAUUAACAUAAGGGGCUUUUGGGGGUGCCCAUUGGAGUGUUACAGUGAACUGAGUUGAAAUGGUUGUGUUAUCUGUUAAAUAGAUCUUGCUAACCAGAGGUGUUUAUCCUUUUCAUUUGGUGUUGAAGCCUGGUUGUUUACCUGUUGUUCAAAGCAGCAUUUAUUUUAUUUUCUUUUUCAAAAAACAGAGCUGCUUUGGAGAGUGUCAAAUUACUUUGAUACAUGGAGUAUAUGGCCUCUGUGCAUGUCACUUAAGUGUAGAAGCCCUAUCCAAAUAUCACCCAAAUAUGGUGGAAAAUCUGACUUUUUAAACUGCUGUUUUAUACAGUAGUAACUGAGCAGAACCUACUCCCCAGCAAAUUAGAUCCCUGGCUUGAAGUCCCUUGGGUCAGAAAUGGUACAAACUGAACCUGGAUGAAUUGGUAGCAUCAAGACUUUAAACUGUUGAGUACUCGAGCCCUUGAUAUUCGUGUAGUGAUUGGUUCUUGUUGGCCUGUAGAGAGCAUCACAGUAGUACAAACCCAAAGAGACUUACCUUCAGUAUGGACUGACAUCUCUGUUGCAGAUUACAGGAGAGCUGUUGGGAAGGUUCACUUGAGUUGAAGCACAAGCUGGUGGCCACAUCGAGGCCUUGUUGAGUGCUGUCCUUUCUGGAUAUGCUUGUUUUCAUCUGGUUUGUCUAAGAGUGGCUCCAGUAGCAACAGCCAGUUACAUAAUAAAUAACCUGUAAGAUGCAUUGGUUUUAUUUCCUCCUCUUCACUCCCCCCUCCCCACCCUCCUUUCUAAGAAGAAAAAAACAAAGUUCACUUGUGCCAGUGUUAGAAGGAAAGGGUGAUAUGCCCAAGCUGAUUUCUAUUUUUAAGGUAAUCAGUAGACUUUUGCCCUGUGCUGUAGGAACUUUUUAUCUAAAGCAGAUACAAAAUGUAUUAUUGCUGUUUCUGAAAGGGCGUGACAUGUUUAGCAGAAUUUGGUGACUUCCUGCCUGAGGCUUUAUAAGCUGUUUGGAGUUAUAUUUUGGAUAAAAUCAUAUUUUCAUAUUUAUUACAUCAAAGAGUUUUAAUGUGUAUGUAACAUAUGGUUACUGCUAUUUGGAAAAGCCUAGUAAUUUAAUAGCAGUGUUAAACAAACAUAUACAAUAUUUAUGGGAUCAGUUGCACGCCACCCGAAAAAGUGAUUAAGAAACUGUGUUCUUAUAGCCUCAUAAUAGCUCAUUAAAAAUUAAAAAAUAAAGUAUACUUGGCCAUAGCACACGGUUCAUGAAACUUGUUCAGAGGGCUGUGAGUGAGGAAGAGGAAUGCUCUCUGGAAGUCCUGAAAUGUAGACACUUACUCUUGCUCUUAUAGCCUCUGCCCUGUGAGCCCUGUCAUCUUUGGGGCGGUUCUGCUGGUUCUGGUGAGACUCCAGGAUGGGGGUUUGGUAGUGUGCAUCUGGGGAAGGCUUGCCAUGAAUGGGGAAGGAUUGUAGAGAGAGCAACGUGGCUGUGGGGAGCUGGGAAGUCAUUUCGUGGCUCAUCCAUGCUUGGGGCACCAAGGGAACAAUCCAGUCUUACCAGAGUUUUCCUACAUAGUGUCCAUUGUUGAUAUUAAAUGGUUUAUUUAUUGGAUUUUGAUUUCACAGUUUCAAAUAAACCAUAUUUUUAACUUUC